AUGUACGCCGUGAGACUAUGGCCCGCCGGUGGCCACCAUUCAUUCUCCAACUUACCCUUACUUCUCCUGAUAUGUAUAUCAGCAAUCCUUCUUUUGUGCGCCAGGACCUCGGCAGCUCCUUUCGAUCUGUUCAAUGGUGAUAUCUCGCAACAGAUCAUCAUAAUUGAUGACGACCAACAGGCGCCGUUCAUUGGAACAGAACCGAAAGCCAGUGUCGAGUCUUCAGAAAAUGACCAAGAACCUUUCCCAGGCGAUGCAAGUCAAUUUCCUUGGCCUCAUGCAAGCAAAACGCUAAGGACAAUGCUUGAGGCCCUUGAUGUGAUGCAGUCGGACUAUUUCAGCCUCUGGCAGGCGACAUGGCCAACCGGCAUCGACUGGACCAAAGCAGUUGUGAAUACCCACAUUCUCUCUGUACUCUCUCUAUUGUCUUCCACACUCGGAUUUACCAGCGAUGAGCCCUGGUAUGGCUGCUAUGAUGAGGCGGCCAUGUCCACUGAGAACCUGAUCAGUUAUUACUUCCAGCAAACCUCGGCUUUUUGGCAUGGGGAGAACUUUUUUGGAAUACGGCUGCAAGCCUAUGAUGACAUGCUGUGGGUUGUUUUGGAAUGGUUGGAGAGCAUAAAAUUCCAAAAUCUGCAUUCGGAGUUGCAUUUUGGUCGUCAUCCAAACAGCAAGUUAACCCCCCACCACUCGUGGCAUGGAACCCAGUAUAGGGCGCCUGCAGCACACAGGGCCCGGGUAUUCUAUGAUUUAGCAGUGCGAGGGUGGGAUACACAGCUGUGCGGCGGUGGCAUGAUUUGGAGCCCUUGGCUAACUCCUUACAAGAAUGCUAUCACAAACGAGCUCUUCAUCGCAGCAAGUAUCGACAUGUACCUCUACUUUCCAGGCGAUCCUAUCGAUUCGCCAAUAGUGGAAAGUCAACUACAGGAGAAUGGGUUUGUUAGUUUACCCCGCGAUCCAAUUCAUCUCGACGCAGCUAUAACAGCCUAUAAGUGGCUCAAAAGCUCAAAAAUGACUGGAGCCAACGGUCUUUACGCGGAUGGAUUUCACAUACAUGGAUGGACUCCGAACGAUCCUGGCACGGGCAAAUGUGAUGUUUUGAACACGAUGGUGUACACCUAUAACCAAGGAGUUAUACUGAGCGGGCUCAGGGGUCUUUGGUUAGCCACUGGAGAUAGGCGCUAUCUUGAAGAUGGUCAUGAUUUAGUCAGAAAUGUGAUAAAAGCCACCGGUUGGCCAGCAAAAUCAGAUAACACUUGGCAUGGACUGGGGAGGGCAGGCGUCUUAGAAGAUGCAUGUGAUAGUACCGGCUUAUGCUCGCAAGACGGACAAACCUUUAAAGGCAUAUUCUUCCAUCAUUUCGCGGAAUUUUGUCGACAAAUUAGUCCCCAAGAGAAGAGGAUGCUGUCUGAUCCAGCACUACAUAAGUCGGCAAGUGGCAAUAACACUAGCGAGCAAGAGCGAAGAAACACAUUCGGAUGGCAUCAGCGAAUCUGUGCUUCUUACUUACAGUGGUUGGAGCAUAAUGCUUACGCUGCAUCCGUCACCAAAAAUGAGAAAGGCUUAUAUGGAAUGUGGUGGGGUCCCAAAUACCCCGACGGAGAGCUGAACAGUAGUGAUAGCGCUGUUGUGUUGCCGCAUGGUGCCGUGGAUUACAGCAACUCCGAUCCUCCAAUCAAUCGUGCUAGCCCCGACCUUGCACUCCUACAGGCUAAGGGAAACCGAACGUAUUUUGCCAAGGAAGUUCAUAGCGAUAUUUUUGGUGAUCAGCUGCGUCCUAUCACUCAUGAAUUCCAAGACAUCGCAGCUUCCAAGCCGGAAGAAGGUGAUGCUGGUACCGGACCAAAUGUUGCCAAGGCAGUGAAGGAUGUGAAUGACCGUGGAAGAGGCCGUACACUGGAAACGCAAUCGGGAGCGCUCGCAGUGUUCAAAGCUCUAUACCAAUGGCAGACGACACCUUCCUUGAGGCGUUAA